UGUGAUUAUGGUUAGGGUUAGGACAGUUAUUAGCUAACUGCCACAAUUACUGCAAUUAACUGUGAAUCGCCAUUGCAGUUUGCACUCAGUCAGUCACCUGCCUGAAACAGCUACUGCCGGUCCAUCUGCAGUUACUCUACUCCGACUUGGCUGUACUGCAGAUCGAUAAGCUGUUCAUUCAUAAUUCCCACUUUUCUCCCUCCUCAACUUGAACUUGUGCUGCUUCAUCUACGGCCCGGGCGUUUAGUCAGCUGGCUAAUCGCUUCUGCCUCCGCAAAGUGAAUUUUUCUGGAGUACAGAUACUGUACGAGAGGGAAUCCUUGUGCGUAUAUAACGACGCAUGCGCUGAUAUAGAAGUGUUCUACAUUAUUUCUUGUAAUCGUGGACGCUUAUCGUCAUAAUUAUAUAUAUUGUGUGAGGCGGAAGUGCAACGGCGCUUGUACAUAGCUGCGGCUGCUGACUGUUACGGUGGCGGAUAUCUAUAUACGUAUGUCCAGCAAGCCAGCAAUAUUAAUUACUGCAGAUCUUGCCGCUUUCCGGUCGUGUAUCCUUUUGUGUUGAGUGGGAUCGCAUCAUCCGCCGGCAGUUGCUCAUAAUCGUUGAUUGGACUACAGUCAUGGACUGCUCAUGCGGUUGACAUAUCUGGAGUGAACCAAGUAACUGACCAGCGCGGGCCGGUUGCGUGGAUAUAUAACUCAUCUCACAGGGAUGGAGUUGCGGGUGUGGUUGAUCAGCUUCAGUUGUGUCAGUCUGUGUUGGCCUGCUGGCCGCUUCGUAUCGAGUUUCGCCGUGCCGCAGCCGGAGGAAUCGGAGUCGCGGGCCCGCGCCAGUUACGCGCACCACGGCUACGAGCGCGAGAUGCGGCCGCUGCCCGUGGCGGUGCUGGCCGAGUCGCUGUCGGGGGACGCCCUGCUGAACGGCAGCGCCCUGGCCUUGGCCGGCCAUUUGGACAGGAUGCCGCUGCACGCGCUGAUGGCGCGGGCCUCGGGCGUGGCCUUCCGCGACGCCGACAGCGACGUGGAGCAUGUGCUGGGCGUGCGGGUGGCGCACGGCCAGGAGCCGGAGUUGGAGGGCGAGCUGCCGUUGCAGCCGCGGCUGGGCUCGCACUUCCCGCUGACCGGCAGUGAACUGUCGGCGCCGCUGCCCACCGACCGCAGCCGCGAUCGGGAGGAGGACGGCCACACGGACGAUCUGCCGCUGGGCGGGCCCGACGCCGACGCCGACCUGGAGACGCACGUCAAGGACAGCGACCCCCACCCGGCCGGGGGUCACAAGCAUCUGCACGUGGACGCCCACGACCUGGCCCUGGCGGCCGAGUUCGGUCAGGGCAAAGACAGCGCGGAGAAGUACAUGAAGAACUGCAAGGACGGCCCGCCCAACAUCGCCCACCUGGAGCCCUCACACAACGGGACGCGGCUGGUGGCGACGGCGCGCAAACAGGACGACUGCAACGACAUCUGCAUCAGCAGCAGCUGCGUGGAGAUUGCGGCCACUCUGCUGCAGUCGAUGGAUCUGCGGAAGGAUCCCUGCGAGGACUUUUACUCGUACGUCUGCGGCAACUGGGACAAGAACAACCCCAUUCCCGACGACAAGAGCUCCUACGACACCUUCACCAAGAUGCGCGACCACCUGGACGUCAUCGUCCGCGGUCUGCUGGAACGGCCCAUCGCCGCGUCGGACAGCAAGGCCAGCGCCAAGGCCAAGAAGCUCUACCAGUCCUGCGUCAACGAGGAGAUCAUUGAGCGGCGCGGGUCGGAGCCGCUGCUGCGGUUCCUGCAGGACCUGGGCGGCUGGCCCGUCAUCGACCAGCAGUGGAACGCCUCCGGCUUCCACCUCGAGGAGACCAUCGGCCGUCUCCGCAACAUGCACAACGACAUCCUCAUCUCCCUGUGGAUUGGGCCGGACGGAAAGAAUUCCAGUUGGAACGUGCUGCAGAUCGACCAGGCCGAGUUCGGCAUGCCGACGCGCGAGUACUUCCUGGACAGCAACCAGCUGUACCGGCUGGCCUACCUCGGCCUCAUGACCUCCAUCGCCGAACUGCUGGCAAUGGCCCGGACGCGCGCCAUGACGGACAUGGAGGAGAUCCUGCUCUUCGAGGUCAAACUGGCCAAUAUCUCCAUCGCCCAGGAGCACCGGCGCAACUUCUCGGCCAUCUACGAGAAGCUGACCAUCCGCGAAAUGGAGGCCCAGGUGCCGCAGAUCAAGUGGCGGCGGUACUUCGAGGUGGUGCUGAACCGCAGCGUCAGUCCCAACGAGAGCCUGGUGGUCUACGCCAAGGACUACUUCGUCCGCCUGGGCCAGCUCCUCGACAAGACGCCCACCCGGACGCUGGCCAACUAUUUAAUUUGGCGCAUCGUGCAGAACCGCGCCAGCAACCUGGACGAGCGCUUCCGCAGUCGCCGGCGCGUCUUCAGCAAUCUGCUGCUGGGCAACACCAAGGAGUCGCCGCGCUGGCGCGUCUGCGUGCAGUACGUCAACGACAACCUGGGCAUGGCGCUCGGCGCCAUGUUCGUCCGGGAGCACUUCAAGGAGGACAGCAAGGAGAUUGCGCAGCUGAUGAUCCGCGAACUGCGACUGUCCUUCAUCGAGCUGGUCGACGAGGUGGACUGGAUGGAGGGAGUGACCAAGCUCAAGGCCAAGGAAAAGAUGAACAGCAUGAUCGACAACAUUGGCUAUCCGGACUGGAUCCAGAACAGCACCAAGCUUGACCAGGAAUAUGACGGGAUUGACUUUGACCCGGAGAAGUACUUCGAGAACGUGGUGACCUGUCUGCGCUAUCUGACCGCGCGCGAGCGGGAGGAACUGUGGAAGCCAGUUAACCGCUCCACAUGGUCGACGACGCCGGCAGUGGUCAACGCUUUCUACAGUCGCACCAAAAACCAAAUCAUGUUCCCCGCCGGCAUCCUGCAGCCGCCCUUCUACAACAGCCACUUCCCCAUGACCAUGAACUUUGGAGGAAUCGGAGUAGUGGUUGGACAUGAGAUUUCUCACGGAUUUGACGAUAAAGGUCGGCAGUUCAACAAAUUCGGCAACCUGGAGCAGUGGUGGCCGCCGGAGACGGAGCGGCACUUUGAGCAGAAGGCGCGCUGCCUCAUCGAGCAGUACAACAAGUACCAGCUCACCGAUCUCAACCUCACCGUGAACGGCAUGCAGACGCAGGGCGAGAACAUCGCCGACAACGCCGGCAUCAAGCUGGCCUACCGGUCGAUGGUGCGCUGGCUGAGCCACAACCAGGUGCCGCGGCUGCCCGGCCUGCACCACCUCUCGCCGCACCAGCUCUUCUUCGUCAACUUCGCCCAGGUGUGGUGCGGCUCCUCGCGGCCGGAAGCCAUGCAGUUCCGCCUGCGCACCGGCGUCCAUCCGCCCGGCCGCUUCCGCGUCAUCGGCGCCGUCUCCAACAUGCACGAAUUCGCCGACGCCUUCCACUGUCCCAACACCAGCCCGAUGAAUCCGCCCCGCAAAUGCCAGAUCUGGUAGUGCUAGCCAGCCUUUGCUAGACAAAAAAUCCUAGAGACGCCAUAAAUGCCUUGUCUGUGCCUUUUUCUACUGCCUCAGUCCUCAGUUUGCUGACCCCCUGAGAACUGAACCGUGCUUGAGAGAAUGCAUAGUCACACAGCGCCGAGGCGUUGUUUCUGUAAUUACCCGCUAUUAUCUCUUCGUUUUUCUAAUGCGCCCGUGAAGCUGCGCGUCUGCAGUUCGCGUUUCGAUCAGCCGCCAGGAUAUCGCCAAAACCGUCUUAUCAUAAACAAAUUACUGGCAGUGUAAUGUAUGUACACUUUCCGCUGGCUUGUGAGAAAACUGCACAAUUAA